UUUUUUCAGGAAACGGAGUGAUUUGGACACAGAUUUUCCUGAAGCAGUGGAUUCAUCAUCACCAUCAUGACCACAGCUGUGAGGGCGUCGUCCCAUGUGCCUGUUCGGGGCUCGGGUGAUGGCAUGGAAACUGAAAAACCAAAAGCCAUUCUAGAAAUUACAACAACAGACAAACCACCAUCACCAACUCCAGCUAAUGUUCCCACGUUAAGAGUAGCCAGUCCAAAACGUAGCCCAAAGUCUCCAGUCCCAUCUCCACCGCGCCCCGCCACCCCUCAGACUCCUGGGGUGUUACAUCUGGGGAAAGUGAGUAGAGAGGCGUGUACUGAGGUAGAAGCUGUGAGGAUAGUGGUGCCCCGGGCCGCGAUAAGCAGAAGAAGCCAUAAGGGCCCUGCAGAAGGCAAAGGAGAGUCAGGACAGCUGGGAGAGGACCAGGGGUCGCCCUCAAUGCCCCUGGUGGAGGACUGGAAAAUUCAACUGGAAAAACUACAGAACUCUGAACGAAGACUUCUACAGGACAAAGAAGGACUGUGCAAUCAGCUGCGUGUGCAAACAGAGGUGAACCGUGAGCUGAAGAAGCUGCUGGUGGCCUCAGUGGGUGAUGAUCUCCAGUACCAGUUUGAGAGAUUGGCCCGAGAGAAGAACCAGCUGAUCCUGGAGAACGAGGCUUUGGGCCGAGGCCUGUCUCACACCGCGGAGCAACUCGAACGCAUGAGCAUCCAGUGUGACGUCUGGAGGAGCAAGUUUCUCGCCAGCAGAGUGAUGGCGGAGGAGCUGACAAACGCCAGAGCAGCUCUACAAAGACAAACAAGAGAAGCCCAAGGAGCAAUUCAAGAUCUGCUGCUGGAAAGAGAAGAGUUCUCCAGGGAAAUGGUUCAAACGCACAGGUCACUGGAGCAGCUCUUGGUUUCCCUUCAGUGGGGCAGACAGCAGACGUACUACCCCAGUGCUCAGCCUCUCAGCACGGGUGAACUGGCCGCAGCGAAUCACAAACUCGCUGACGCCAUCAAGUCUCAUCUGCUCGGAAACACAAGCAGCAACGCGGCUAAAGGCAGUAGCACCAACUCUGAACAACUCUGCAGCACGCCAGCGGAGAAGAUGGCCGAGAAGGUACUUAAGAUCUUGGACCCAAUUUCCCAUUCUGAAGGCCAGACUGAGACGCCUCUGAGUGACGAUUCCGCAUCAAACUUUCUUAAUAAUAAAAAGAGUAUUGGCAGGUUUCACCCAUAUACUCGAUAUGAAAACAUUACCUUCAACUGCUGCGAGCGCUGCACUGGGGACAUCAUCGUGCUGUGAGACGAGUGUUACUGUUGACAAAUGCUGUGGAGAUUUUGUGAUCAAUGAACUCUUGACCAGCCUUUUAUCUGCCGCUUCAGUUUUCAUAAAAGCCAUUAAGGUAAAAGAGCUAAUUUAUUACUGCUGUAGUGGUGAGGAAAAACGGUUUAAACAGAACUGUGUGAUUCUAGGAUCGUCAAGCAGGACUAGUAUUAUAUUGUGGAAGGCUGUGUGUUUAUUCAUACUUGAACUUCUAAGCUGCUGUUAUUAUAGCUUUUUUAAUACUAGCAAAAAUGAUGUAAUUGUGAU